CACUUUGACACGGUUCUCCCCUCCCACUAAGCAGGGCAAUUAGCAUAUUAAUAAAGCCCGGCCCUGCUCGGCGGGGGCUGGAGAGCCGGCGCCUGCUGGAGGGCGACCGCGGGCACGAGCAGCGGCGGCGGCGGCGGCGGCGGCAGCGGCGGCGGCGGGGCGGGUGUGCGGCGGCAGCGCACAGACACGCACGCGCACACGCGCGCACACGGACACACACUCCCGGGGACGCACACCCGCGCGCACACACGCAGAGGCAGCUCGCCUUCCUGCCUGGCUUCCUUCCUGUCUGCUCCGCGCCUGACAGGCCUCUCACUGCAGCCUGGGGCCACCCGAACCGGGCUGAGGCCGGGGACCAGGCCGGCGGUGAGGGUAGCGGGAGCCGCGGGCGGCGGCAGCAGCUCAUGCCCGACCUGUCCCUGCAAGGGGCGGGCACCGUGACUCGGCUGGGCCCCCAGCGGCGUGCGAUGUGAAGAUGUCAGUGGGCUGUGCCUGUCCUGGUUGUUCCUCAAAGUCAUUCAAGCUGUACUCGCCGAAGGAGCCCCCGAACGGCAACGCCUUUCCCCCCUUUCAUCCCGGCACCAUGCUGGAUCGGGAUGUGGGCCCAACUCCCAUGUACCCGCCUACAUACCUGGAGCCUGGGAUUGGGAGGCACACACCUUAUGGAAACCAAACUGACUACAGAAUAUUUGAGCUCAACAAACGGCUUCAGAACUGGACAGAGGAGUGUGACAAUCUCUGGUGGGAUGCUUUCACAACUGAGUUCUUUGAGGAUGAUGCCAUGUUGACCAUCACUUUCUGCCUGGAAGAUGGACCAAAGAGAUACACCAUUGGCCGGACCCUGAUCCCACGCUACUUUCGCAGCAUUUUUGAAGGGGGUGCUACGGAGCUGUAUUAUGUCCUUAAGCACCCCAAGGAGGCAUUCCACAGCAACUUUGUGUCCCUCGACUGUGACCAGGGCAGCAUGGUGACCCAACACGGCAAACCCAUGUUCACCCAGGUGUGUGUGGAGGGCCGGUUGUACCUGGAGUUCAUGUUUGAUGACAUGAUGCGGAUAAAGACAUGGCACUUCAGCAUCCGACAGCAUCGAGAGCUCAUCCCCCGGAGCAUCCUUGCCAUGCAUGCCCAGGACCCCCAGAUGUUGGAUCAGCUCUCCAAAAAUAUCACCCGGUGUGGGCUAUCCAAUUCUACUCUUAACUACCUCCGACUCUGUGUGAUACUUGAGCCCAUGCAGGAGCUCAUGUCCCGCCACAAAACCUACAGCCUCAGCCCCCGAGACUGCCUCAAGACCUGCCUUUUCCAGAAGUGGCAGCGCAUGGUAGCACCUCCUGCGGAACCUGCACGGCAACAGCCCAGCAAACGGCGGAAACGAAAGAUGUCAGGGGGAAGCACCAUGAGCUCAGGGGGCGGCAACACCAACAACAGCAACAGCAAGAAGAAGAGCCCAGCCAGCACCUUCGCCCUCUCCAGCCAGGUACCUGAUGUGAUGGUGGUGGGGGAGCCCACCCUGAUGGGCGGGGAGUUCGGGGACGAGGACGAGAGGCUCAUCACCCGGCUGGAGAACACCCAGUUUGACGCGGCCAACGGCAUUGACGACGAGGACAGCUUUAACAACUCCCCUGCACUGGGCGCCAACAGCCCCUGGAACAGCAAGCCUCCAUCCAGCCAAGAAAGCAAAUCGGAGAACCCCACGUCACAGGCCUCCCAGUAAAGGCCCUGCCAUGGCCACCCAGCACUCUGCCUGCCUGUCCCACCCCUUGCAGCCCCAGGGAGCAGAAGACAGAAUGAAGAGACUGGGCAUCUAAAUGGGCAGCCUCCAUCCACCCACUUCAGGGAGGAACUGACUCACUGGGGGCAGGUGCCAAGAUUUGCCCCCCAGUGACCCUGGGUUGGGCUGGCCCCUGCAGAGCCUUUUGGGGGAAGGGGGUACUCAUGUGGAUGCCUACAUGGACCCUGGGCCUCAGAAAUGUUCUGACCCUUCUACCCUAUCCCUAGGGCAUUUGCCUCCAUUCUCACCCCAGGUUCUGGGUUCCCUACCCUCAUGACUUUACCCCCUUUCAAGCCUGGGGUGGUCUGACCCACAGACUUUAGGGGCCUAGAGUUUUGGGGCUUGUUUGAAUGCCCCUACCCCUAGGCGGCUGCUCUGGGUUCCUUCUCCCUUCUACCACCUGUCCCAGCUCCAAGUUUUUAAAAAAAAUAAUAUUAUUAAAAAUAUAAGUUAAAAAAAAUCA